AUGCACCAUGGCCACGGAGACUCGACCAGCGAUCUGGAACAGCAUCGCCUAUCAGUGAAAUCCGACGCACCUGUCGCCCCUCCGCCCGAUAUAGAAACACAGCACAUCACUGUUCAGGGGAGCCAUGAGACUGGGUAUACCAGUGAUGACUCUCUUGAAAAUGAGAAAUACUCUUUGCCACCUGUAGAUGGCGGCAAAGAUGCUUGGCUGUGUCUUUUGGGCGCAUUCAUCCUGGAAAUGGUUGUCUGGGGCUUCGCUUUCUCCUUUGGUGUUCUCCAAGACUAUUACAGCACUAACGCACCAUUCUCUCAUGACCACUCUAGCAGGUCUAUAGUAGGAUCAUGCUGCAUGGGUAUUUUGUACCUCGCAUCACCCAUCAGUCUCUUCGUUCUUCAGAAAUGGCCACGCAUCACUCGCAUUAACAGCGUCCUCGGUCUUGCGAUCGCUGUGACUGGCGUCCUCACAUCUUCCUUUGCCACAAAGAUGUGGCAGCUCACAAUCACCCAGGGUGUCAUUUACCCGAUCGGAGGUGCCAUGCUCUACUAUCCAGUCCUGCUAUUUGUCGACGAGUGGUUUGAGCGAAGGAAGGGGCUUGCAUUCGGAGUUGCCUGGGCCGGAAGCGGUGUUGCCGGCGUCGUAUUCCCACUUCUUCUCCGCUGGGCUUUGUCGCGAUUUUCUUUCAAGAUCACCAUGUGGGCCUGGUCCAUCGGCAUGGUCGUCUUGGUCUGUCCCAUUUUGGCAUUUGUGAAGCCACGGAUUCCUGUCAACACCGACACCCCCAAGGCACAGUCUCUCAGCUUCAGCUUCCUUCGGACGCGAUCGUGGAUUAUUUUCCAAAUCGGAAGUCUCAUCCAGAGCAUCGGGUACUUCGCACCUUCACUCUACAUGCCGACCUAUGCUCGAGUCAUCGCACACCAAAGCGCCAUGGGCGAGACAACCCCAGUGACAGCCCUGAACGCUGGCUCAGUACUGGGCUUUAUCAUGGUUGGCUAUUUGGUUGAUCGCUGGCAUGCUGCGACCGUCGUCCUCGCCAUGACGGUAAGCACUGUCAUCUUGGUGUUCGCAUUAUGGGGCUUGUCCGUGACAUUGGCUCCAAUCUGUGUGUUCUCUGCUCUCUACGGAGUCGUUGCCGGCAGUGCCGCCGCGACUUGGCCCGGUAUGGCGAAGAUCAUCAAGAAGGAGGAUCCCUCCGCGCCGGUCGGAAUGGUCCUCGGAACUCUGACGGCUGGCCGAGGCAUUGGCUCUAUUGCAUGCGGCCCGAUCAGCGAGGCUUUGAUCAAAACAGACUGGGCCUGGACUGGUCACACUGCUAGUCUAGGAUAUGGAACCAAGUUUGGUGGCCUAAUUGUCUUCACCGGAGUCACGGCCUGUUUUGGCAUCAUCGGUUUCGCAGCGCGGAAACUUCGACUGAUUCAAUAA